AUGAAAGCUUCCCUCAUGCCACAUCACUAUCAACAACUUUUUGAUGAUUCAUUUUUACAAGGCAUUACCUGUAAACCACAACACGCUAUUAACAUCGGUUCUCAUUCUCCUUUAGCUGAACAUCCACGUCGAGUCUCACACCUUAAUCGACAAAUUAUUAAUAAUGAAGUUAAGAAAAUGUUAGAUAAUGGAAUUAUUGAACUUUCGAAUGCCCCUUGGGCUUCUCGUGUUGUUAUAGCUAAGAAAUCUCAUGGAUCUCCAAGGUUUUGCAUAGACUAUCGGCGUUUAAAUUCCAUUACUCAAAAAGAUGUUUAUCCAUUACCUCGUAUCGAUGAUGUCAUUGAACGUUUAAAUGGAUCUCAAAUAUUUUCGAAACUUGACUUACGUAAUGGGUACUUUCAAGUACCUUUAGCACCUGAAAAACGUGCUAAAACUGCAUUUACAACUCCUGAUGGUCUUUGGGAAUUUACCAGAUUAUCUCAAGGAUUAAAAAAUUCACCAUCAGUUUUUCAACAAUUAAUGAACGAAACCCUUGGAUUAUUACACGUAAAUCAAGUAUGUCAAGUAUUACAUGCCUCAAAUUUUAAAUUAAACUAUAAUAAAUGUGCAUUUUUUCAACGUGAAAUUUCAUUUCUUGGCCAUAAAAUUAAUGCUGAUGGUUGUUCACCUAAUAAUGAUAAUAUUCGUUCUAUUACUCAAUUUCCUUUACUACAAUCCAGUAAAGCUGCUCCUUUUUUACAAAUGGUUGGCUGUUACCGAAAAUUUAUUCCUCGUUUUUCUCAAAUAUCAGCGUCACUCAAUAGAUUUACUUGGAAAGCAAUUGAAAAAAAAUAUUCUGCUAUUGAACUUGAAGCAUUAGCUAUUUGGUGGAGCGUUACUCAAAGAUUUCGAUCAUAUAUUGAAGGUCAACAAUUUUUUCUUGAAACUGAUCAUAAACCAUUAAUAUCAUUAAUGAAAAAACCUUAUCAUAAUGCUCGUAUUGAACAAUGGAUGACAACAUUACAACAAUAUAAUAUGAUUAUCCAACAUAUACCUGGAAGAGAUAGUACAACAGCUGAUGCUCUUUCCCGUUAUCCAGUUGAUCAACCUGAUGUUAAUGACGAAGAUGCACCACGUCUUGUUACUUCUUCAACUCAAACUGAAGAUCUUUCAACAACAACAACACCUAGGAUAUCACGAUCUACUCCACCUGUUGUAUCUUCUUCUUCAUCUCUUAAUGACAUUAAUAUUUCAUUCGAUCAUGAUACAUUAAAUCUACAUCAAAAUCAAGAUUCUGCUAUCCAGGCAAUAAAAAAUGUUUCACCAUUAAAUUCUAAAUAUACACUUGAUGAUUAUAAUAUCCUUUAUAAAAUUAUUACUCGAAAGAAUGGUCAUGUUCUUCAAUUACCUUAUGUUCCUGCUUCUUUAACUUCUCAAGUAUUAUUAAUGCAUCAUAACUCGACAUUCAGUGGUGGCCAUUUCGGUAUUAAACGCACUUUUUACAAGAUACACAACCAUUUUUUCUGGCCGGAUAUGUACAAAGAUAUCGAACGACAUAUUUUAUCGUGUAUUAAUUGUCGAAAGAAUAAACCUUCCCGUCGAAAAUCUGAUGGUCAUUUACAUCCAAUUGAACCAUCUCGUGGAGUUUGGGAAUAUCUUACUAUGGAUUAUGUUGGUCCUGUUACUCAAUCAAAAUCCGGUAAUAAAUACUUUCCAGUACUAACCGAUUUAUUUUCGAAGCUCGUCAUCACCAAAGCCGUCCCCGACAAUACGUCAACAACAGCUGCUAAAUUUUUAUUAUAUGAUGUCUUUAUGAUCUAUGGUGUUCCAUUUGAAAUUGUUACUGAUAAUGGCACACAUUUUUCUCCUUCGUUGUAUGAAUUCCUACUCAAGUUGACUCAAUGUUGUCAUGUUAAAACCACACCAUAUAACCCCAAAGCCAACGAUCAAUGCGAAAGACAUAAUGCAACUCUAGUACCUAAUCUAGUUGCACUUUCGAAUCAAUCUCGAUCUAAUUGGGUUGACAAAUUAGUCGCUACAACUUUUAAUUAUAAUGCUACUCGACGUGAUUCUACUGGUUAUACCCCAUUCGAAUUAAUAUUUGCUCGUCAACCUCGUUUUGUAGCUGAUUUAUCCUCAUCAUUUCCAUCAAGUUCUCAUACUAUUUGUCAUUAUCAUCAUACUAUGUAA